AUGAUAUUAAUAUCCUCCGUCUUACCUGCUCGCCACGAUCUUUUAGUUUCGAUCUUGAAAGUUAAUCUCAUCGAUACCGUGAUCCUCAUCAAAAUAACCGCACUAGGACUUGUGUCAACAUAAUGGAUCGUUAUUCUCAACAAAAAAACACAGGACCAGCAACAAAUCAAUAUUCAACAUUUGAUCAACAAUUCGGGUACGACCAAGAUAGCCAAAAUAAUGGAAGUCUCGCGAGCGAUGAAUACUGGUGCCAGGCUUGUGCUCUGCCAUUCACCGAAUGCCUGUGUUAUAUCGAUAGCAGCCCUCUAAGCUCGCAACAGAAUUACUCAAAUUACAAUGCACCGCAAAUUAAAAGCUUGGGCUAUUCACAACUCGCUUUCCCGUCAACGUAUGCAACAUCAAGUUCGUCUACAACCUCGUCUUACUACACUACUGCAACUGGUUUGUCACAACCCGCUUAUUCGACAAUUGCUCCCGCAACAAGCAGUGGAGAAGGGGCCCGUAACUUGACGCCACCCGAGUCAGCAACGAAACGUAAGAAAAGAAAGGGAUCCAUGCCUCCUGAAGAGGCUCGUGAGAAACGAUUGGAGCAGAAUAGAAGGUCACAACGCCAUUUUAGAGACCGGCAAGCUCGACUUGUCGUAGAUCUAAAGCAAAAAGUUGAGAUUCUGACAGAGGAGAAUGAGAAACUGGUCAACGAACUGUCUAAAGUGAGUUUGAGAGACUCGUCACGUGAUAGCAAGAGUCCUGGAACAGACUAUUCUAGUUAUUGAGGGGCUUGGGGUUCAUGUCUUACCACAUGCUUCUGUUCAGUUGUCAAGGUUAGGUACAUCGUGUGUUUCUGGCGCUUGGUUUAGGAAGUGAAGAACGGGUGUUUG